UCUCUCUCUCUCACACAUCACAACUUAUCAUAAACAAAACAAAAAAUUUCAAACUUGUGGCUCAUAUUUGCCAGGAAAAUCUCCAGGGGAUGAGAUUCGAAAACAGUCCCCCUAAUGAACUCUAACAUCUUUCUCCGAUGAUCAGGGAAGGGUUUCGAGGAGAAGAUGAUAACGUCAUCACCACUUAUACAGUCUCUAUUGGCUUCUAGAGACGAUGUAUGUCAUCAUAACCCAGAAGAAGUCAACAACUUGAGAGCAAAAGAGCAAGAGUGUUUGCACCUCUUGAAGAGAUGCAACAACAUGGAAGAGUUCAAACAAGUCCACGCCAAGUUCAUCAAGCUCAGUCUUUUCUCCUCUUCAGCGAGCAGCGUUCUCUCGACUUGCGCUCGGUCGGGAUGGGAGAACAGUAUGAGCUACGCAGCGUCCAUUUUCAGAGGAAUCGACGAUCCUCGCACCUUCGAUUACAACACAAUGAUCAGAGGGUAUGUUAACGAGACGUGUUUCGAGGAAGCCUUGUGUGUUUACAGUGAGAUGAUGGUAGCGGAGGAAAGGGUUGAGCCUGAUAACUUCACGUACCCGUUUCUUCUAAAGGCUUGCGCUCGUUUGAAGUCGGUGAGUGAAGGGAAGCAGAUCCACGGGCAGGUGUUGAAGCUCGGGUUUGGAGGUGACGUGUUUGUUCAGAACGGUUUGAUCAGUAUGUAUGGAAGAUGCGGUGAGAUGUCGCUUUCUUCAGCGGUUUUCGAGAGGAUGGAAUCCAAAACAGCUGCGUCGUGGAGCUCGAUGGUGUCGGCUCGUGCGGGAGCUGGGAUGUGGAGUGAUUGCUUGAUGCUGUUCAGAGGGAUGUGUAGAGAAACAACGGGUUUGAAGGCGGAGGAAAGUGGAAUGGUUAGUGCUCUCACGGCUUGUGCUAACACAGGUGCGCUUGGUCUAGGAAUGAGCAUUCAUGGAUACCUGUUGAGAAACAUAAACGAACUCAACAACGUAGCGGUCGGGACUUCACUAGUGGAUAUGUACGCGAAAUGCGGGCGGUUAGACAAGGCGUUGCGUGUGUUUAAGAAGAUGGAGAGUAGGAACGGUUUGAGUUACAGCGCGAUGAUCUCGGGACUCGCCUUGCAUGGAGAAGGAGAGGCAGCUUUGAGGAUGUUCUCUGAGAUGAGGGAAGAAGGUGUAGAGUGUGAUGGUGUAGUGUAUGUCAGUGUUCUCAAUGCUUGUAGCCACUCUGGUCUUGUGGAAGAAGGCCGUCGAGUCUUUGAGGAAAUGUUGAGGGAGGGUAAAGUGGAGCCAAGUGCUGAGCAUUAUGGAUGCCUUGUGGAUCUUCUAGGAAGAGCUGGUCUGCUCGAGGAAGCCUUGGAGAUCAUCCAGAAGAGCAUGCCAAACGAUGUUGUCUGGAGAAGCUUCUUAAGCUCAUGCAGAGUUCAUCAGAACGUUGAGCUAGGGAAGAUAGCAGCUCGAGAACUGAUUAAGCUAAGCUCACACAACCCAGGUGACUAUUUGGUGAUCUCUAACAUGUAUGCACAAGCUCAAAUGUGGGAAGAUGUAGCCAGAGUUCGAACAGAGAUGGCUAACAAGUGUGGUUUGAAGCAAACACCGGGUUUUAGCAUCGUUGAGGUAAAAGGUAAAACUCAUAGAUUUGUUUCGCAAGAUCGAUUCCACCCACAAUGCAAAGAGAUGUACAAGAUGCUACACCAGAUGGAAUGGCAGCUGAAAUUCGAAGGAUACUCACCAGACCUGACGCAGGUUUUGCUAAACGUAGAUGAUGAAGAAGAGAAAAGAGAGAGACUAAAAGGGCAUAGCCAAAAGGUGGCUCUUGCCUUUGCACUAUUGUAUACACCUCCAGGGUCUAUCAUUAGAAUAGCUAGAAACCUGAGGAUGUGUAGUGACUGUCACACAUAUACAAAGAAAAUCUCCAUGAUCUAUGAAAGAGAGAUUGUUGUAAGAGAUAGGAACAGGUUUCACCUCUUUAAAGCUGGAACUUGCUCUUGUAAAGAUUAUUGGUAGAUUUGGAUCCUUCAAUAUCCCCCUAA